AUGAGCGAGAAGAAGGCAAACUAUCGGUGGCUGAUGGCAGCAAAGGCUGCGAUCAAGGGUGUGGGAACCAUCAUGGAACGGGAGGUUCUGCCCAGGAGUGACGGACGCGACAUCGAGAUCAAGGAAGCACUGUUCGUGCCAAGUAUGAGCAAGGAUCUGCUUUCGGUACUGCAGAUCAACAAGGGUCGCAAUUUCCAAGUCGUGUUCGAUGGCUCCAAGAUACAAGUAACGCGCAAGAAUUCCAAGCAAGUUGUGAUGACAGCGGAUCCCGUCGACGGAAUUCACUGGCUGCGGACUCCUCAACGAUCGACUAAUGCAGCGACACACAAUGGGGCCAUCGACUUGCGCACGCGCAUGGGUCAUGCAUCCCUCGAUGCUCUGCGCAAGAUGAUGGCCACCGGCAUGAUCAAGGAAGCCAAUGCACCUCUCUCAUCAACUGGGCAAAGUGUGUGUCGCGGUCUGCCGAGUACGGGACUCCCAGCAUCACUCCCAGUUUCGGUCGUCAAGCUUUUUACCGAUCAACAGGUUAUGAGCCCAAGCACGAUGUCCUCUGCUCAUGAUGCCACCACCAAGAUCUCCAUCGACAAGUUCGACGGCGACAACUACGCGACGUGGAGCCGCUACAUGCGUGGCGUGUUCCUGACCAAGUCGGCGUGGCACGUGGUGAACCGGGAGACCACCCCCACCUUCGCCGAUCCUCGCGCCAGUGACGACUACGUCAAGACGAACAACAUUGCGUUCGGCUUAAUGCUGCUGCACAUGAGCGCGGAUUAUCAUCACGUGGUUGAUGACUGUGAAGAGGCGUGGGUCGCGUGGGCGCGUUUGAAGACGCUGUACGGCGGGUCGCAGAAGGCUGGACGCAUCUACUUGAAGCGCCAACUUUUCAGUAUGGAGAUGGCAGAAGGCGGCAAUGUGUUGCAUCAUUGCAAUGAAGUCCUCAACAUCAGCGCGAAGCUGGCUAGCAUCGGCGCCAAGAUGGAGGACGAGGACGUUGCGAUCUGCUUACUGCGCAGUCUGCCCAAGAGUUUCGAGAACGUGGUUCUCAACUUGGAGAUGAGCAGCGCAGAGCUUCAAUCGCGGGACGUCGUGAAAGUGCUCACGAACGAGCAUGUCAAGCGGCAAGGUGCGAAGGCUACGGCGGUGAAGACUGAAGACGCGGCCAAGGCGUUCAGUACCGAGCGUGAACCCCACCAAUGCACGUACUGCGGAAAAUUGGGGCACACGGCGGAGCGGUGCUGGACCAAGCAGAAGGACGAAAAUCAAGGUGGAGCUCGACGCGGCGGCAACAAUGCUCGUGGACGCGGAGCCAACAACGUUCAGUGGCGAACCAACAACAGCAACGACGACAACUACGAUCGAGUUGCGUUCGCGGUUUCGCUGGAGGCUGGACUUUCGACGGGCAAGAAUAUGCCAGGUAUGUGGGCAGUCGACAGCGGUGCGACGCAUCACAUCUGCAACGACAAGGCCAAGUUUGCAAGCCUGAAUGAGCGAGAGGAAGGCGAACUAUCAGUGGCUGAUGGCAGCAAGGCUGCGAUCAAGGGUGUGGGAACCAUCAUGGAACGGGUGGUUCUGCCCAAUGGUGACGAACGCGACAUCGAGAUCAAGGACGCACUGUUCGUACCAAGUAUGAGCAAGAAUCUGCUUUCGGUGCCACAGAUCAACAAGGGUGGCAGGUUCCAAGUCGUGUUCGAUGGAUCCAAGAUGCAAGUGAAGCGCAAGAAUUCCACACAAGUCGUGGCAACAGCGGAUCUCGUCGAUGGACUUUACUGGCUGCGGACUCCUCAACGAUCGGCAAAUGCAGCAACACGCAAUGGGACCAUCGACUUGCAUGCGCGCAUGGGUCAUGCACCCCUCGAAGUUCUGCGCAAAAUGGUGGCCACUGGCAUGAUCAAGGACGCCAAGGCACCUCUCAACUCGACUGGUCCAAGUAUGUGUCGCGGUUGCCAGCAAGGAAAGAUGGUCCAAAAACCAUUCCCAACCAACCGUGACAAACGCCAAUAUGGUGUGUUCGAGUUGCUGCACUUCGACAUCUGCGGGCCAAUGGAACAAGUCUCGAUCGGCGGCAGCAGAUACUUACUGCUUGUGGUUGACGAAGCUAGCGGUUGCAUGAAGGGCUUCUGUCUGCGGUCCAAGUCUGAGAGUGAAGACUGUAUCAAGAACCACAUCAUCAAGAUUCAAACUCAGUUCGGCACGAAGAUCAAGUUUGUUCGGCACGAUGGAGCGCAUGAGUUUGCGACCAACUCCAUCAAGACCUUCUACGAAGAUCAUGGUAUUGAACAACAGAUCACGGUGCCGUAUGCACACCAGACCAACGGCACCGCAGAACGCGCGAUAAGGACCAUCGUCACGAUCGGACGCAGCUUGUUGCAUCAUGCAAAACUGGAGAAGUGUUUCUGGGCUGAAGCGGCAAUGACGGCGAUCUACAUCAAGAACCGCCUGCCUUCACCCAAGAUCGACCACAAGACUCCGUUCGAGAUCGUGUACAAGUCGAAACCAAGUGUCAAGCACAUGCGCGUGUUUGGAUGUCGGGCGUUUAUCCUGACACCAAGGGAGAAGCGAUUGAAGUGGGACCCGAAGGCUCGUGAAGGGAUGUUCAUGGGCUACGAAGAAGCGUCAAAAGCUUAUCGAGUGUACGACAUUGAGGCGGACCAAGUGGUGAUCAGUCGUGACAUCACCUUCGACGAAUCGACUUUUGAUUUUUCGAUGGACCGACCAAGUGACGAUGAUGAAGAUGCGGAGUUGGACCUCGACCUCCUGGCGAUCAACGAGGACGACGUGCUUCAAACCGUCUACAAGCAGACUGGCAAGCGCAAGAGUGAAGCAAGACCCGGCAUGUCACGUCCAGCUCGCCCUCGAACUGGGUUGGAACAAGCAAGUGCACCGGCACACGUCUCCAACCGUCACCAGAAACGACGAUCAAGUGCUCCAGAAACGAUGUCUGAUGACGAAGAAGAUGCAAGCGUGUACGAUCAAGAUGACGACUCGACGCCUCCAACAUUUUGGCGUGCAAGUGCAAACGCAGUGGAAGCAACGGACCUAGCAGAAUCUGUGACUUUUCAAGAUGCGAUCAAUGGUCCUGAUCAAGCUCACUGGCAAAAUGCUGUGAAGGCGGAACUCAAGUCGAUGCAUCUUCGUGGAGUUUUCCGUGCGGCAAAACUGCCAAGAGGCCAAGGCGCGAUCGGCACCAAGUGGGUGUUCAAGAUCAAGCGCAAAGCGGAUGGAUCGGUCGAGAAAUACAAGGCGCAUCUCGUUGCCAAGGGCUUCAAGCAGAAGUACGGCAUCGACUACACAGAGACGUUCUCGCCCGUGGUCAAGUACGUGACACUGCGUAUGGUGAUCGCGAUCACCAAGUAUUUCGACUGGCCACUGGACCAACUCGAUGUGGUGACAGCCUUUCUCUACGGAGCGAUGAAGGAGAAGGUGUACUGCGUGAUACCAGAAGGCGUCGAGAUGGAUGGCGACUUCGACUGUCUCGAGUUGGUGAAGGCGAUCUACGGUCUCAAGCAAGCUUCACGUGUGUGGAACGAGACUUUCGACGAGUUCGUAUGCUCCAUCGGUUUCGAAGCGUCGGCGUUCGACCCAUGUCUCUACAUCAAGAUUGUCGACGGUCACUGUGUGCUCGUGCUGGUCUACGUGGAUGACGUGUUGGUCACCGGCAGCUCGCUCGAGUUGAUUGCGCAGACGAAGGCCGACCUCAAGACACGUUUCGAGAUGACCGACAGUGGCAAGUGUACUUUUGUACUGGGCAUCGAACUGGUGGACGAAUCGGAUGGCAGCGUGACGAUGUGCCAGCGACGGUAUGUCAACGACAUCCUCAAGCACUUCGGCAUGGAUGAGUGCAAGGCCACAGCAAGUCCGGUCAACUUGAGCACUCGGCUUGUCGCAAGCACCGAAGCGGCCAAGAUCGACGUUCCGUUUCGUGAAGCUGUGGGAGCUUUGAUGCACUUGACGACUGCGACGCGCCCGGACAUUGCGUAUGCUGUGGGGUACGUCUCGCGCUUCAUGGAGAAUCCGCAGCAAGAACACUGGGUUGCAGUUAAGCGCAUCUUUCGUUACUUGCAAGGGACCAAGUCGCACAGACUCCGCUUCCAGCCAAGCGACAAGAUCGACUUUCGUGGCUACUCGGACGCGGACUGGGCCGGCGACCACGCUGAUCGCAAGUCGACUUCGGGUUACACUUUCAUGCUGAUGGGUGCUCCUGUGAGUUGGGGAAGCAAGAAGCAGUCAAGUGUGUCGCUGUCGACGAGUGAAGCGGAAUACAUCGCACUGAGUCUGGCCAUCCAGGAAGGCAAGUGGGUGCAUCGCCUGCUAUGCGAGAUUUUGGCGGCCGCAAACGAACCAGGACCGGACCUCGUCAUCCGUGAAGACAACCAGUCGUGCAUCAAGAUGACGAAGAAUCCGGUGAAUCAUGGCCGCGCCAAGCACAUCGACAUCAAGUACCAUCACAUCCGUGAUGAGGUCAAGCGCGGUGAAGUGAAGCUCGAGUAUUGCGAGACUUCCGUGAUGAUGGCGGACAUCAUGACCAAGGGACUUUCGGGACCUCGUCACAAGGACUUGACGACGGCUCUCGGCAUUCGUGCGAGUUCGGAUUGA